GUGUAUAACUAGAGUCCUCGACCAAACACCACACUUUCUUAAAUCUUAACUCUCUCUCUCUCUCUCUCUCUCUCUCUAAAUGUCUGAAAAUUAUUUGUGUCAGACACCAUAACACAAAAACCAUAUCUUUUCAUUUUCCUUUUAUUGGCAUUUGGCAUUUGGCACUGCACAUUUUCUGUAACAUUAUUGGCCACGCCACAUAGUGUUUGUUAGCUUCAAGUCAUGGCUUGGUCUUGUGGCUGUGACCGUGGCCAUGGAUGUGUGUGGGUGACUUCGGCGUUGUUGCUGUUGAGUUUAGCUUCACAGAGUUGUUAUGGUUUGGGUUCAUUCGGGUUUGACAUACACCACAGGUUUUCGGAUCCGGUUAAGGGGAUUCUGGGCAUUGAUAAUGUUCCCCAAAAGGGAACUCCUCAAUACUAUGAUACUAUGGUCCACAGAGAUCGCAUAUUCCGGGGCCGGAGACUCGCCGCCGAUCACCACACGCCUCUCACUUUCGCCGCCGGCAAUGACACUCACCAGAUUUCUGCCUUUGGAUUUUUGCAUUUUGCCAAUGUUUCGGUUGGGACGCCACCUUUAUGGUUUGAGGUGGCAUUGGAUACAGGGAGUGACUUGUUUUGGUUACCUUGCAAUUGUACUAGUUGUGUGCGCCGUUUGAAGACACCAAGGGGAGAGAUAAUUAAAUUUAAUAUCUAUGAUCUUGAUAAGUCAUCCACAAGCAAAAAAGUUUCAUGCAACCAUAGCAGCUUUUGUAAACAAAGAAAAUGCCCUUCAUCUGGCAGCAGUUGUAGAUAUCAAGUUGAUUAUCUUUCAAAUGAUACUUCAUCUGCUGGAUUCUUGGUAGAGGAUGUGUUGCACUUAGUUACAGAUGAUGAUCAAACAAAAGAUGCUGAUACACAAAUUACCUUGGGUUGUGGCCAAAUUCAGACUGGUGUGUUUCUAAAUGGGGCAGCUCCAAAUGGUCUAUUUGGACUUGGAAUGGAUAAUAUGUCUGUCCCUAGCAUCCUAGCCAAACAGGGGAUUAUUUCAAAUUCCUUUUCAAUGUGUUUUGGACCUGAUGGUUCUGGAAGAAUCACAUUCGGGGAUAGUGGCAGCCAGGACCAAGGAAAAACACCAUUCAAUCUCAGGCCAUUGCAUCCAACUUAUAAUGUCACCAUAACCCAAAUUAUUGUGGGAGGCAAUGCUGCUGAUCUCGAGUUUCAUGCAAUUUUUGACUCUGGUACCUCAUUUACAUACCUAAACGAUCCGGCUUAUACACUAAUUGCUGAGAAGUUCAAUUCAUUAAUCAAAGCAGAUAGGCAUUCAUCUCAAUAUCCUGGUUCUGAGCUCCCCUUUGAAUUUUGUUAUGACAUAAGUCCAAAUCAGACAAUUGAAGUACCCUUUUUAAAUCUAACAAUGAAAGGUGGAGAUGAUUAUUAUGUCAUGGAUCCCAUACUGCCAGUUUCUAGUGAGAUUGAAGGAGAUUUACUUUGUUUGGGUAUCCAAAAAAGUGACAGCUUGAAUAUCAUUGGACAAAACUUCAUGACUGGUUACAAAAUAGUCUUUGAUCGUGACAACAUGAAUCUAGGGUGGAAGGAAUCUGAUUGUUCUGAUGAUGUGCUCACAAAUACAUUACCAAUUAACCCAUCGCACUCUCCUGCUGUUUCUCCUGCUAUUGCUGUGAAUCCCGUGGCUACAUCAAAUCCGUCGAGUAAUCCCCCAAAUAGUUCAUUCAUGAUCAAACCUAUUUUUACAUUUAUGAUGGUCCUUUUUCUACUUUUAGCCAUUUUUUGAGCAUUCCUCUGUCCAUUCCACUUGUAUUAUUCAAAUUAAUAGUUUUUACUAUUUUUUAAGUUUAGGUGAGCACGAGAAGCAUUAUGGCUUCCUUUUCUUUUUUUCCAGUUUAAAUAGCAUUAAUUUGAUCAUGGUGUAUAUAAUUAUAAUGUACCCAGUAUAGCUGUAAACUAGAGAAUUGUGCGUUUUAUGGCAGUUGGCUUGCAUCAUC